GUCGAUUAUUUCUUUGUAUUGGUUGUUGUUGUUGUUGUUGUUUUUACUGAGUAUUUUUUUACCUUCGCUAGUUUCUGGUCCUGUACUUCUUGAAGAAAAAGAGCUCCAUGAUGCCAUGUCUGCUAAUCUUCCAUCUGGUUAUUUUGUGUCAAUUUCAAGGUAUUUAUCAGCAAGAACUUCGGCCUGUAGUUGACAUAACAUCCAUAAGUAUCGAUGGAAUAGACUUAAAAUGGAAUGCAUACCCCGGUGCACGUGGCUACAAACUAAAAUACUACACCUUUCCACAAUCAGCCAAAGCAGAAAAUAAAACAAUUCUCCUUGGAACAUCUUUUACUUUGAGUGGUUUAAAAUCGGGAACAGCUUAUCAUGUUUUUGUAAGAGCAAUUUUGUCUAAUGAACAAAAAGGAGAAUGGAGUACAGCAAAGUAUUUUGUCACAAGGGGUUCAAAACCAGUACUAAAAGUGAGAGUAACAAAUAUUAAACGCCAUGAAGCAACUGUUGAGAUUACGCCUGACCCAACCCAAGAAUACGAUGAAUUUAUUAUUGUUCUUAAGCCAGAAAACGGAACAAUGAUAGAAGUAAAAACACAGUUAAAAUCAUACACAUUUAAGGAUCUUCUUGAGAACACUGGAUAUUCUGUGCAUGUCAUUGGAAGAAAAGACAAUAAACCAAGUACAGUUACACAAUCAGGAUUUCGAACAAGUUACAAACUUUCAGUGGUACAAGAACUUAGAAAUGAUGAACCGAAAUACGACUCAGUUGUUAUCCAUUGGAAUGAACUACCUGAUUCAACACCUGUUAAAAAUUAUAUUCUCGAAUAUUCAGAAGUAGAAUCUACUCUACUAACCAAGACAGUUACAAAACCACCAACAGAUAUAUCUGGACUAACUCCAGAAAGAAGUUAUAGUUACCGAGUUCACGCCGUGGGUACAACAGAAUUUACAAUAAGUCCAUGGUCAAAGACCAAUUUUUUUAGGACUCCAAAAGAAAUAAUUGAUACACCGACGAAUUUCACCGUACUUAAAGUAAGAGGUGUUGUAAAAUUAACAUGGUCGCCUUCAUCACAACAAAGUCAAAUUAAAAAUUACAUCAUUAAAUAUUAUCAAGCGGGAUUUCAUCAACAAGUUCGAUAUAAACAAGCGGGAAAAGAACUUCUAUACACACUAACAGAACUUGAAUCAGGAUCAGAAUAUUUUGCGCAAGUGCAGGCUGUUUCAUAUCAUGGUACUGUCAGUGGAUAUUCAUUAGCAAUAACAUUUGUAACUCCCGGUCCAAAACCAGUGGCAUCGCAAGUGAUAACAGAAAUCUCUACAAACUCAGCAAAAGUUUCUUGGACGUUUAAAUCAAAUCAAAAUCAUGAUCAACUACAAAUUAUUUUAAACAACGUUCCUAAAACUCCAAUAAGAACGAUACCAAUAUUGAAUUACAACGAUACCAGUUAUAUACUAUCUGACUUAACUAGCAACACACCAUACAUUGUCCAAGUGCAGACCUUAAAAGGCGGGUCUAAAUCAAGCGAUGUUAUUUAUAGCUUUAGGACAAGUUUAGACACAGGAAAAUUUACACUUAAAAUAACAAAAAUAGAAAAAGGUGUACAAAUCUUCGAUGAAGCAAAAAUAAUAUUUGAAAAAAUAUCAGGAACAACAGUGACACUUUAUCAAGUCCGAGCGCAGUUCCAACAACAGGUAAACAGAAGACCAAUAAUAAAAAACGUGACAGCUGAUCUAACAGCGACAAGCAGUACGAUAACAUAUAAACUACCUUUAAUAUCUGGAUAUGGGUUUACUAUAGCCGUAAGACCAAUCUUUCCUGAAAAUAGAGUUGGCCAGUAUUCAAUAGAAGAAGCUAUUGUAAUUCCAUUUGGCAGACCUCCAACAGAUAUUGAAAUUAGAGAUAUAACUGACAGAAGUGCUACAAUCUCAUGGCCUAACCCAUAUCAAGGAGAACAAAUACAGCAUAAAUACCGUAUAGCAUACAUCAACUUAGAUGAUCCUACAGACACUCAAAACUUUUUAGUAUCGAAAAAUUUCCACACGUUCGAUACAUUCAGAGCAGAUAAUAGAUACAGUGUUUAUGUAAGCACUAAAUUAGAUGCUGACAGUUACAACGGCACUGUGAUUACAAAAGAAUUCCGAGCUGAAAGAGAACAACCACCACCACCAUUGGUUACGAAGGUUAUACCAACUAACGUCUAUGCUGUUAUGUCAUGGCAACGUAUUCCAAGACGUAACGACAUCAAAUCAUAUGAAAUUAGAGUUAAUUCGGCAGAUACCAAGUUGCAAUUUUUGUAUCGCACUAAUGCAUUGGAUGACUUCUACACAUUUACAGAUCUGCCGGGAAAUACAAGUCUUUUUGCACAAGUCAGAGCUGUUGUAUCAGAUCAAAAUAUUGCAAAUAGAAAAGGAGAAUGGUCUCUUGCUGCACCAUUUACGAUUUAUGGAUAUUCUAAAACUAUACCAACGCCAGAAGGUGUGAAAAUAACAGUGUUGGCAAGAAGUUACAUAAUGUUAAAAUGGACCCCAGUACCUAGAAAAGACAUCGUUCGUUUUGAACUCAAAGCUACCGAAAUUGCUUCUAAUGAAAUCCUGAUGAAAAAAACGGAUCAUAGCGUAGCUGAAUUCAACUUCACCGACUUAAAGCCUGCAACGGCUUACACGUUAAAGAUUCGAACAGUGGCAUUGUAUGAUCGAUUAAGUGAAUGGAAAAUAAUUGAGAAAUUCACCACAAAAGAAGCUGAGAAGAAACCCUCGGUAACAUCAACAUUAACAAGUGCUCAACUUACUGGUAUCGUAGCGGCUGUGGUAUUCUUAGCGGCGAUCAUUGUCAUCGCGUGUCUAAUUUACCAACGAAUGAAAAUAAGAAAAGCUGAAUCGCAAAAUAAUAACAAAAGUUCAAUAAAUUUAAAACAAGAAAUCAUUGGUCCUAUUAAAAGCGACGUGUUUUUUAUUGCCCCUCAAUAAAGAGAGGUCAGUAAACGGCGUCAGUAAGAAGGAGUGCAAAUUGUAUAAACUUAUUCUCUAAGAAGGAGUGCAAAUUGUAUGAACUUUUCUCUAAGAAGGAGUGCAAACAAAUUGUAUAAACUUAUUCUCUUAUUAGAUGCUUUAUGUUCUACGGUGGAGGUAUAUGUAUGGGGUGAAGGAUUUUUGUUUGUCAUAUUUUUACGAAAACAAUUACUAAACAAAUCUGGAUACUUACUUGUUUUUAUGUUAUUUCACGUGAUUGUUCUUAGUUAUGUGUUUGUUUUGCGUCAUAACAAAAUUGUGUUAAGUUUUUAUGCUUCACCGCGAAAACAUAGCUAGUUACAAAGUUUAAGACCUAUAGCCACUUUCUCUUAAUGCUUGUUUGAGCUGUUUGAUUGCUGCUUCUAAGCAUGAAUUAUGACAGAUGCAGCUAGCCACAAGAUCUAAAACAUUAUAAAAUUUUUAAGGACAAGGUAAGGGUCGGAGAAAGAUAGCUUUUUAAAAACAAAUCAAAGCGAAAAAAAUUUAACCUGUAAUCGUAGUUCCCCAGUUCUUUCAACUUUGACAUAAUUACAAAGUUAUAGCUCUGAAACAAACUGGCAACCAAAAUAACUUAAACCCAACCAAGACAGGUAAAACACAAACUGUAAACAAAUGGAGCUUAAUGGAAAACCUGCGAUAAAAUACAAGCUGUCAACAAGGAUAGCCCAAACUUGUAUUAGGAAAACUAAGGAUAUAAAACUUUGGGGUGUGUGCUACGUGUAUGUUGCUACAAUGCGAUGCAACCGGGAGAAGAAAGCACCUUGAACUCGCUUAAUGCAGAGUAACUUGUAAAAAAACCCAGCCGUUUCUCAAUUGUGUCCACUGCAAUCAUGCUAGUGAGUGGAACGUCAACUAAAUACA